UGUUAAACAUCUGAGCCAAUUCGUUUCACCUCUUUAUUUGAAGUUGACGUUGGCUCUUUCCCUAGCCUUGCUUAUCUUUUUUUCCUUUAGCCACCAUGCUAAUGUUAGCUAAAUUAGCCUUCUAGCUAGUUAGCAACCUAACAAGCUACAUUUACGUUGGACUUCAAUGUCAUGUUAAAGUCUGGCUCUAGAUACUUUUCUUUAGCCUUUUCAGGUUUAUGUUGAACACUAUGAAUCAAGAGAAGCUCGCCAAACUUCAGGCACAAGUCCGGAUAGGUGGAAAGGGUACAGCCCGCAGGAAGAAAAAGGUUGUUCACAAGACAGCAACAGCUGACGACAAAAAACUCCAGGGCUCACUGAAGAAACUGGCAGUGAACAACAUCGCAGGGAUAGAAGAGGUGAAUAUGAUAAAAGACGAUGGGACAGUGAUCCACUUCAAUAACCCCAAAGUGCAGGCGUCUCUGUCUGCCAACACCUUCGCCAUCACGGGCCACGCCGAGACCAAGCAGCUGACGGAGAUGCUGCCAGGCAUCCUGAGCCAGCUGGGAGCCGACAGCCUCAGCAGCCUGCGCAAGCUGGCCGAGCAGUUCCCACGGCAAUCAAUGGACAUGAAAGCAGUCAAGGAGGAAAAUGCAGAAGAGGAGGAUGACGAUGUACCAGAUCUUGUGGAGAACUUUGAUGAAGCCUCAAAGAACGAAGCAAACUGAUGAAUCCUUCUUUUUUCCUCCGUCAACCGUUCUAUUUUUUUUUUUUACCUCCUGCGGACUCACAAAGGGCAUUUCCAAUUGUGGGGAAACGGUUGCUAAAGGUGCAAUGCAUCAUCUUCGGCCUGCUUCAGCCUGCCAACAACAACAGCACUACGACGACGACAACAUCAACAACAACAACAUGCAGAUACAGUAGGUUUUGAUUUCAGUAGGCGGUGAUACUGUGGACACGCCGAGAAACGGGGAUCUGUACUACUCUCAGCACCCAAAGGACUCAAGCUUCUUUAGAAAUAAGCUUCCUACAUGGUUAAACGUGGCUAGUAUUUAAGAGAUUGUUUAUUAAAUUGCAAUUAAAGUGAAUGAGUAAUUCAUUUUACAUAUAGUGGUGAUAAUGAAUUUAAUAAAACACUUUCGGCUAUUGA